CUACUCACUAUUCUAUUCUGUCUAACCCGACCACAAAAUAUCCCCCCUUGGGGGUAUGUUCUGUGAACCCGACUUUCCGCAUUGUUGUUUUUAUCUGUGGUUUUAAUUUUUAGGUUAUAUAAUAUAAAAAAUGCCGAAUUUUGGUGAAGAUUGGAAAUUAAAUGAAUGAAUAAUAAACGCGAACAGCAUGCCGAAGAUCAAAGACGUUGUCACGGACCCAGACAGGCCAGUUUUAAUUGAGUUCCAAAAUGGCAAAAUCCAACAAGGAGAAGAGCACGCUCUACAAAUAUCCCAGUUCAUCCAAAGGAGCUCCAACAAGAAGGUAUUGGGCAUCUCUAACGGUGACAUGAACUACACCGGGCCGGUGACUGCCAACGAAGACUAUAACACGUUUCUUGUGGUGGAAACGGCCGGCUCCAAGAAACUGAAGCUCCUCCAAGUGGACAUGUGCACUGUGGCUCCCUUGCUGCGGUCCUCCACCUCCUCCACGUCACCGGUGCAGCAGAAAUCGUUGAACGACCUGCGGAGGCAUUUCGGUUCCAAGAAGGCCAAGCGGUUCACUGAACAGCAGGAGCGUUUGAAAAUGAACAUAGAAAACGUGAAGGAGCAGCUGGAAGACACAGUGGCAGGUAUUGAGUUGCACGAGAUGCCCGUACGGAACCCUGAGCAAGAAGACAGUCUCUACCGGCCGAAGAUCAACAGAGACGCCAGCACUAAAGGGGACGUCUAUCAUCUGGAGGACUUGGUGCCUGCUGGGGUACUGCAGUCUUUGGAGCAACGAGUGAGUGAAAUCUUGGAGAGCGAAGACAUGGCCGAGUUCGGGCUGAUCUCGACAGUUGAAUCGUACAUGAAGGCAAUGCGUUCCUCCAGUAACCCGGAAUCGACGGUGCUGCAGCGCGCAUCCAUUCUACUCUACGUCCACUACCUGGUAAAGUUUCUAAUCACUCCUGUGAAGGCUCUGACGAAAAAGUUCGUCGCUUGCGACUGUUCGCCCGACGUGGAGAAGCACCUACGCUCCAACUACACUAUAAACGGUGCUCGGCCACUCACCAUGAAGGACAAGGGCCUUUGCUACACUCUAGUCCUGCUGAUGAUCGCUACGGACUACGAGUUGAAUCUGGAGUCAGUGUGCAAGGACAUAAAAAUCGGGCUGAAAAAAGUGCAAGAGUUUGCCCGCCAUUUGGGCUUCAGCACAGGCAAACAGAAAACUAGCAUCGUCCUUAAAAUCCCCGUGCCUCCGCCCCUGAUGCCUAACUUGAAGCGGAAGCGGGCCAAGUGAUAGUAAUCUUUCGCAAUUGAAAUUUUCCUAAGAAACCAUUAUUUUUUGUAAAUAAAAAUUUCAAACUUG